AGUUGGCUGUUUAGCAGUUUAAUUUGCCACUGCACGUAUUUGGUGGUCUCGGUCUCAGUUUUCAGUUCAUUAACACACCAAACUCUUCUAAGAAAACAAUUUGCCACUGCUAUUUUUUUUACAAAAGAGUAGACUGCUAUGUACUAAAUAAAGGUAUAUGACGUGCACAACACAUGAUCUCUCUCUAUAUCUUCCAAGUAAGUGCUCAGUUGAUUUUAACAAGAUUGGGUGGAUGUCAAGUGGAAUCAGCUGUCCUUGUUGCGGCAAAGACUGCUAUCUUCUCCUCAACCAUCCCUGGUGUAGGAUGCUGCAGCCCAUGAGAAGGAAUAUCAUGCAGCAUCUGUGCUCCUCCUGGUUGAUGGACUAGGCUCUUCCUUUCCUGCCUGAGCCCCCGCCUCAUGCCCUGUCCAUUUCCAGGAGUUCACAGUCCACCAUGGCAUCUGUUCACUUGGAAACGACCACCUCGUGACUGAUGUCUUACCUUUACAUCAACGUUGCACCUUCCUCCCCCGCCUGAUUACAAUCUCCCACGUCAAUCCAACCAUGCCAAUCUCAUGGCCGGCUGGAGAAGAGUGGAGGUUGCACCAGCACCACCACCUCUGAACCAUGAACGUUUGGAUUAUUGUACUGUGACAUCACUUAGUGCAACAUACACAAGGAUUUGCGUUUGUCUACAUGGAAGAUGAACGUGAUGCUGAAGAUGCUAUCCAUAAACUUGACAGAUAUGACUUUGGCAGAAAAGGGAGGAGACUUAGGGUUGAGUGGACAAAGGAGGAUCGCAGUGGUGGUCGAAAAGGGAAUGGGAAGAGAUCUCCAAGCAGUGUGAAACCAACCAAAACCUUGUUUGUGAUCAACUUUGACCCAAUCAACACAAGAACAAGAGAUCUGGAGAAGCACUUUGAUCAGUAUGGCAAGAUUGCAAAUAUCAGAAUCAGAAGGAACUUUGCCUUUGUCCAGUAUGAAUCACAGGAGGAUGCUACUAAAGCACUGGACGGUACUAAUGGAAGCACUGUGAUGGACAGGGUCAUUUCUGUUGAGUAUGCACUCCGUGAUGAUGAUGAAAAAAGGAAUGGAUACAGUCCAGAUAGGAGAGGUGGGCGUGAUAGAUCUCCAGACAGGCGGGACAAUCGUGGUCGUUCUGCAAGUCCUUAUGGCAGAGGGCGGGAAAGGGGCAGCCCAGACUAUGGUAGGGGCAGGGAGAGGGGCAGCCCAGACUAUGGCAAGGGUGGUGCCAGAGAUAGUCCUGAUUAUGUCCGUGGUGGAAGCCCCCCAUUCGUGGGCAAAGGUGACGCAAGGGGUAGCCCCAAGUAUGACCGUGAACGCCGCGCAGCUAGCCCUGCCUAUGAAAGGGCCCGCAGCCGCUCACCUGUUGCGAGGGAAGAUAGGGACUGAAAGUGCACCAUGCUUGCACCAAGCUGGGACCUGUGGCUGAGCUGUCCUAGUGAUGCUCAAGUUGGUUACAUUAGGCAGCCAGAAACUUCUGUAAUAUCUCUAUUAGCUAGCUCUCGACCUGAACAUCUUGUCGAUUUGAUUUGAACUGUGAUGUUAGCGUAAGUCUUUUCCCCUUCCGAUGCAAAGGGAUUCUUCCAGUAAAAACCUUGGGGAGCGAUGAAACUUAUCGUGUAUUGACUGGCAGUAUGGUUGUAGGCUUUGUACCUUCGCAUUGCUAAUGAAAUUUCGCUGGUUCUGCCAUA